AUGCACUCAUUUGUGUAUCUUCUUGCUACUGUCUCUAUCCUUCGCGAAGCUAUUGGCCACGUUUGUCCGAAUGGCGGCGAUGAAAUCACAAAUACAGAGACGUGUAUCUACUCCGUAAAACAAUCGCUCACUCAUCAUGAUGCCAGUCAUCGUUGCUCGAUGAUGAGCGGAAAGCUAGCAAAAAUCUUAGACGCAAACGCUAACGCAUACAUUCAAAAGACUAUUCUGAAAAGAAUUGGCAACUCACUGUCUUUCAUUGGAGUAGAACGAAAACAUGGGAACAGAUGGACAUAUUCCGAUGGAACACCAUUGACCUAUCAGAAUUGGGAUAAAAAUCAGCCGAAUACGUCCAAGAACUCGACGAGGUGUGCUAUGAUGAGUGCAAAGACGGGAAAAUGGCAUGCCACUGAUUGUCUCGCUUCUCGGCCAUACGUUUGCUCAGUGGAUGAGGAUGAAAUUCAAUGUCCCGAUGAUUGGUUCUACUUUAAGACAACGAAUUAUUGUUACUAUCUAAAGAAUUUCACUCACCCAGACGGCGCUCGUUGGCGACUGUACAACUUCGCAACAGCCGAAAAGGAUUGCCAACGAAUGGGCGCUCAUUUGGCGUCGAUUCACUCGAAAGCUGAGAAUGAUUUUGUCUUUGAUUUGGUCACUUCAAACGUGAAAAGUCUCUCGAAUGUUGCCCCCGAGUACGACAAUAACCCGUGCUACUAUCAAUCGGCUUGGAUUGGUUAUUAUGGAAAUGGAACCCUCGGAACGGGAAUUUGGACUGAUGUAUCCGAAGUCGAUUAUGUUGAGUCUUCAAGCCCAGAGCCGUUCAAUUGGGUGACAUCCAACGACAAAUCGUGUGACCGUAGAUGGUGGGGAUGGACUGUGCCCGAAAUGGGUUUUGCUCGAUACGUUUGCAAGAUGGCAUCGGAGAGUCGAAAAGAUAAA